GUGAGAGGGCAGCCACAGACAAUAUCGCUCCGAAAAGUGUCCGGAGACGGGGAGAAAACAAGAUACGGACAGACGGGGGCAAACAAAGGGGCUACGCUAUGGAUAAUCGCGUAUUGUCCUGUACCCACUGGACUGUGAGUGAAUUCAAGUGGCAGUGAGACAUAAGUGAACCCUCCUUUCCCCGAAUAACCCAAAAUCCAGUGGUAUGACAACGUCUCAUCACCCUGGGCACCUCUGGAUUGGCAAAGUCAUCAGCUGUAGAGGAAUACCAAGUCAGCUGAUGUCUAGUGAAUACUGGUGAUGGUUACCUCUCUAGUGUGCCAAUCUACCACUCAAUUAACGAAACAGUGAUAAGAACUCGUUGAGUAUGUGAAAAGACUCAACACCAUCAAUUGAGCCGCCAGUUGUUGGAAUUGAGAAAAAAAUUCUGUCAUGUUACCUAACGGUGCAUUUACCAGGAAUCAACAACGGUGAACGGGGAAAAAUCGGAGCCCUCGUAGAGACGACGUCAUUGUCAGACGACUCGUUAGUCCAGCAAAAGUGACUGUUUCACAUUAAAUAAAAUGGGGAAUUGUCUGAAGAGUGGGGGAGGAGCUCAGAAUGACAAUGCGAAUCUCCUGAGCAACAGUUCAGAUCCAGGAGUGACAGGGAGUUCGUCUCAGGAUGCCCUCGGUGCACGGGCAAUGCCUUACAACGAAAUGAUUGACUCUCGCUAUCCGAUAGCAACGGCCAGAGGGAGACACAUGCGCUCCACGGAAUCGAGUAUCGGUAUGAAUCUCGGUCAUGGUAUCGGCGGUAAUACAAUAGGCACGAGGGGAACAACAACAACAACCGGUGGGCUAGUGACAGCGAAUACCGUUAAUGAUGACGAACAACAAGUGAGAAUUGCCAAACGCAUUGGACUCAUUCAGCAUCUGCCCACACGUGAAUACGAUGGCACGAAGAAAGGUGAAUGCGUGAUAUGUAUGAUGGAACUCACUAUUGGCGAGUCUGUGCGCUAUUUGCCGUGUAUGCAUACGUAUCAUGCUGUGUGCAUUGACGACUGGUUGUUGAGAUCACUCACUUGUCCUUCGUGCAUGGAGCCCGUUGAUGCUGCACUCAUAAAUUCUUAUCAUCCGACUACUUAGUUACUCGACGGAAAUCAUUGCUUCUUCGAGUAAUGCCACCAGACGGGAUGACUAAAUCUUAUUGUUUUACUGAGUAAAUGUAGAGGGUCUCUGAUGGUAAUUUUAGGAGACUGAGAAGAGGGCGAGGUAGAUUAGGGGAGGUGGACGCGUGAGUAGAAAUUUUUUCGUAGGUGAUUACGUGGGGAGGAAAUGUUCUUGAGGUGAUUUGGUCGAGGGAGGCAGAUGAUGACAUUUAUCUGUGGAAAUUUCAUUUUGCAGAAUUCCCAGGGGGUUGAGGGUUGAACAAUCGCAUGAGCAAAUUUUUUCAAUUGCGAACAAGUUUACUCGUGAAUUAAAAAUAUUCGUACACUUCUAAUAGGAUGUUUUAAUGACAAUUGGAUCAUCUUUGAAUUUUUCUUCAUUUUCUUUACAUUUCGUUUUCAAGUCGUCAGCAGUAAUACGCGUUGGCUCAUGUAUAAGUUUUCAUUGUUGAUGACAUGAAAACGAAACGCAGGAAAAUUCUAAAACAAAUUAAUAGAUAAUGUAACAAGUAUGGUGAACGUCAUCGUAAAUGUCAUCAUUUUAUCUCCACCAAUGGCGCCUCCUGAGAAAAUUUUUUUCAUUUGAAGUAAACCUUUAUAAAUCAUCAAUACCUCCUGACUGAACCAUUUAAUUUGAAUCAGGUUGAGGAAAAAAGUGAAAUUUCACUCUGGCGAUCUCGAGUUGUUGACGAUUGAGACCGAUGAUCUCCCCUAUAACAUUAAAAAAUAUAUAUUAUGCCUGUAAUUUGACCCUCUGCGAAUUAUGCCGGUCGUAACUAUGAUUUAAUCAAAUAACAUGGAAGAGGAACAAACAAAUGACCGCAUCUGUGGAUGCCACCAGUUGUGAUAAGAAAUGAAACUAACAAAAUGAUUUAAAUAAAUGAACCUGCACGCUGCUAUAAAGGCACUCUGUUUCCAAGUAAAUAAAAAAAAACACCCGUAUGAAUGCUUGGCUUACUACAUUUAGUUGUACUAAUAAUCGUCAUUGAAAUACUUUAUAUAACGAUUAAGGUGAGAAUGAAAGAAAAAGAGCUGUGAAAUAGUGAUUUGUUGAUAAAAAUUAAUUAUAUGAACACUAGCUGUAUGCAUUGAAUAGGAAAUUUAAUACAAAUGAAUGAAUCGACCGAUGUGAAUUGCAAUGAUAUUGAGUUAUUGGAACUGGUUAAUUUUCCUGUAUCUAUCGAAAUUGUAUAUAAUAUAUGGAGUACCAUGUACGAUAAUAAUUGCAUAUUGGAGAGAAACAAUAAAAACUUGGAAGUAAUUUAACA